UAGAAAAAUGUAUCGGGUUUCUUCUGUUGAGUAUGAGUAAGAAUGACCAAAUGUUUGACAUCCAAUAGCCGAUGAUUAAUUAAUCAAUGUGCUCCAGUGGUGUCAUUAAACAAAACAAACUUUUUCCUCCUACGGGGCGGUGCAGGAGGAAUAAAGAAAAAUGUUUUAUUUAACGACGCACUCAACACAUUUUAAUUACGGUUAUAUGGUUAAGGACCAAACGGAUAUUAAGAGAGGAAACCCGCUGUCGCCACUUCAUAGGCUACUCUUUCCGAUUAGCAGCAAGGGAUCUUUUAUAUGCACCAUCCCACACAGGAUAGCACAUACCACGGCCUUUGAUGCACCACGACCCAGCAGAUGUUUGAUGCCAAGAACAUGAUGGCUGCCUGCGAUCCACGUCACGGUCGCUAUCUCACUGUUGCCGCCAUGUUCCGUGGCCGCAUGUCCAUGAAGGAGGUUGAUGAGCAGAUGUUGAACGUACAGAACAAGAACAGCAGCUACUUCGUCGAAUGGAUCCCCAACAACGUGAAGACAGCCGUCUGCGACAUCCCACCACGUGGUCUCAAGAUGUCUGGUACAUUCGUUGGCAACAGCACCGCCAUCCAGGAGCUCUUCAAGCGGAUCUCCGAGCAGUUCACCGCCAUGUUCAGGGGAAAGGCUUUCCUCCACUGGUACACUGGUGAGGGUAUGGAUGAGAUGGAGUUCACUGAGGCAGAGUCCAACAUGAACGACUUGGUCUCUGAGUACCAACAGUACCAGGAUGCUACCGCUGAGGAGGAGGGAGAGUUUGACGAGGAGGAAGGCGAGGCAGAAGAGGCUUAAAUCAGUUCUUAAACAGCGGCUCGCCUGAGUACUAAAGACUGAGAUUAAUUUAUGAAUUAUUAUUUUGAAUAAUGUUAAACUUUUAAAUAUUUAUUUUGACUUUCUGGCCCCGUGCUUAUAAGCCUUAAGUUUAGACUUUAACGUCAUUGCAACGCCAUUCAAAUAACAUCACGUUAAAGUCUGGACUUUAUUGAAGUAUAGACUUUAAGUUUUAUAAGCACGGACCCUGGAAUAUUAGUCCUAGCCUUACAGCUGUAACUAUUUACUAUGUUACUAUUAAUAUUUACAAAAUUUGUUAAUUGUACGAAAACUUUGGUCAAUAAAUACAUCACUGUGAUUCUGAA